AUGAAAAAUAGCUCCAUUUUGGUAGUUUUAGUGCUAAGUGUUGGUGUAUUGGCUACUUCUAACAAAGAAUCAAGCAAAGAUAAUCAAUUAACUAAUCUAUUAGCAAUAUAGGCUAAAUCUACUGACGCUGUAGAUUCAGCAUUAACAGUAUUAUAAGAUCUCAAACAGGCUAACACUGAUUAAUAAACUGCAGCUGAUUAACUUGAUGCAUCUUAAUAAGAAGAAUGUUCUUAAAAUAUAGAAAAACUUAAGGAAGUUGUUUAAUAAAAUAACCAAGUUGCAGAAGAUGCUACAGCUCAUAGAGAAUUCAUUGAUGAGGAAAUCUCACAAACCUAAAAUUACAUUAACUGGAUAUAAGACAGAGUCGAUUCAAUUAAUAACAAAAGAGAUUAAUUAGAAGAAUCAAGAUGUGUUUCUAAUGCAUUUUUUAUUAGAGCUCUCAAAGAACACUCUGAAGCAAUGGAAGUUAUAGAUUCAUUAAAAAAGGAGCUUUAGCCAUACACUACUGAAGCAGUCACAAAUUUAUCUUAGGUGAAAACUGUUACAGAUAAACUUAAGGCAUACUCUUUACUUUACAAUACCUAAGCACUUAGGGCUUUUAAUUAACUAUCAUAGACUCCUUAAGCUUAAGAGGUUGACAGUGAUUUAUUAUCAUGGAACACUGAAGCAGAUGACAACAAACAAGGUGAGUUAAAAUUAGAAGCUGCUACUGAUGGAUCGAGUGAGAGAAAUGUAUAGCAUUCCCUUGGUGAUAAAUUAGUAGAUUUACUUGAUAAAUUAAAACUACAUCUUAAAGAUUCUAUUGACGAUUUGACUAAAAAUGAAAUUUAAAGUGCAUGGGAUCUUGCUACUUGGCUACACCAUUCAGAAUUAGAAUUAGAACAUCUAGCUAAUGAAACAUAAAGAAAAUAAACUUAUCUAGAAAAAUUAAAUAUCGCCCAUCAGUCUGCAAAGGCACACGAAGAUUAAUCAUGGCAAAUACAUAAUGCAUCUGUCUCAAUUUUGAAUUAAUAUCUUUUGGAAUGUGAAGCCAAACAUAAUAAAUAUAUUAGCGAAACAGCAAGAAGAAAUAAUGAAAAUAGUCUUUUAGAUGAGGUUCUUUAAAUUUUUGAAGAAAAAGUCUCAACAUUAGGAAAUGAUUUAAGAGACAGAGUAGAUGAUUAUGAAGAAGAUUAAAACUUCGAAAAUUCAGAAUUUAAAAGAGAAACUGAUAGUUAUCUAAAUUCUUACUGA